GCGGCAUUUGAUCUGGUGAGGGGGGCGCGAACGACUACUCGACGCUCGUGCUACGUUAUUCUGUUUGGGGUCUAAAAUUGUUCUUUAUGGUUUGUUUCUAUACUUAUUGUCGCUGAUUUAAGAGUCUCUUCAGUUCCUGAUUCUGAGUUCAUGGAGAAGAAUACUGAGCUCGCUGGCAGUGCAUCAUCUUCUGCUGGAAUAGGAUCCAGGUACUUUGAUUUGAAAAAGUCCUUCAAGUUCGCUAUGCGUUCUUUGCUCACUGCCUGCUCAAAGGAGGAAUUUGACAAAGCUUUUCUGAGAUUCACAACCGCGGAAAAAGAAUGGCUUCAUCGCCUCUAUCUUCAGGUCAUCACUUCAUUGCAUGAAAAUAUAGAGGCUGAGUUUGAGUCAAUCUGUCUUGAAACGCAGGUGGGGGCCACUCUUGAUGCUGUAGAGGAAAUGGUGGAAGAGCAAGAGCUGGAUCCUUUGUUCUCAAAUAAUUGCAGGAGUAAUGUCAUGGAUGUGGUUGAGGAUCUGUCCACUGCGAAUAAGAAUGAAAUCCAGCAGUUGACGCGUAUUAUAAAAUUGGGAGAGGAACAUAAUAGUAGGAUUCGCACACAGUUGCAACUCCUCAGAGAAGGCAGACAAGCAAUGUCUGGUGUAUCAGAUGCUAUUGAGAAGGGCCCAAUAUUUAUAGGCAUCCGGAAAUACAAUGAAAGGCUAAGUAAGCCUAAGCCUAAGCCUAAGCGCAGCGUUUUACUAACAUCUACAGAUAUACACAGAAAAUAAAUUAUCCUAUUUUCUACAGUAUGAUUGUUUGAGUUACAUUGUAAGCCAAUCCAUUCCUCAAAAUCUUAAUAUUUUCUGCUUCCUUUUUUCUUUGCCUGACUCAUGUAGCGGCUCAUUCAUUUUUUGCAUCUAU